AUGAAAGCAGAUCCUAGAAAGGAAACAGGAAUAAAGCUCGUAGCUGUGGAGAUCUCUCUAACCUUUGGAAAUCGAAAAUGGCAGCCGCACAAAAACUCUGGAGCAAAAGACGAAGAGGCAAAGUUUAACAAGAGAACUAAAUACAAGAUGCGAAUUAGGCCUAGAUCGUCUAUAUCCAAGCGCCGUCGUUUAAUUGGAGGUAAGACUCUCACUUGUGUUUCAAAUUCAGGACUCUCUGCUUACACCACAGAUCAAUCACUGAGGCAACUGUUUGCGCCUUUUGCUCGUCUUAUUAAGGACCAGCAAACGCAGAGACCUAAAGGUUUCGGAUUCAUAACUUUUGAGUCUGAGGAUGAUGCACAAAAGGCUUUGAAAGCUUUGAAUGGGAAGAUUGUUAAUGGCAGACUAAUAUUUGUGGAAACUGCAAAGGAAGUAGAAGCACCAACAACAAGUCUGAAAAGUAACAAGGAUUGA